CAGCAAAUCCCCUGGGCGUCCUCCUCGCUAACAUCGCCUCUCCUCUGAUCGCUCAAACAUCUGCACAAAUCCCACAGCUGUUGCUUGUCUAUGCGAUGCCGGCAUGCCUCAUCUGUCUCCUAGCAACAGUAGGGCUACGGAACAGCGCCCCCCCCACGCCACCGUCGCCCAGUGCCGUGUCCUCCGGCUCAGAGCCAUUUGUGCAGGGCAUCAAACUGUUAAUGAAGAACAGAUCCUACCUCAUCCUGCUGCUGUGCUUCGGCUCGGGCAUCGCUGUGUUCACCUGCUUCUCCACGCUGCUGGAGCAGAUCCUGUGUGUGCAGGGAUACACCAACAACUUCGCCGGCCUGUGCGGCGCCCUCUUCAUCGUGUUCGGCAUCGUCGGCGCCGGCGUUCUGGGACUCUAUGUGGACAAGACCAAGAAGUUCAUCGAAGCCACAAAGAUCAACAUGAGCCUCUGCGCUCUGGCGUGCAUCGCCUUCUCAGUGGUGUCUCUGAUGCGGCAGCAGAAAGCCGCCGUGGCCACCGUCUGUUCCCUCUUUGGCUUUUUCGGUUUCUCCAUUUACCCGGUUGCCAUGGAGCUUUCCGUGGAGUGUUCGUAUCCGGUCGGAGAGGCCACGUCAGCCGGGCUCAUCUUCAUAUCGGGACAGGUUCAGUCUGUUCUCUACAUCGUCCUCCUCCAGGCUCUGACCAAACGGCUCGCUGACUCUCCUCUGUCGACCUGCGGGGAUGGGGUGUUGAGCUGGAAAGUGCCGAUGCUGGUGAUGGCAGGACUGUGCAGUUUGUUCAGCUGCUGCUUCGUCAUCUUCUUCCACACGAGAUACAGACGACUGGAGGCUGAAACAGAAGCGACCUACGGCCCCAAACUAACCAGCAGCUCAGCGACCAGCGACCCCGCCCAGAGUGUGCCGACCAGCGACCCCGCCCAGAGUGCGCCGCCCAGUGAUCCCGCCCAGAGUGCGCCGCCCAGCGACCCCGCCCAGAGUGCGCCGACCAGUGAUCUCACCCAGAGUGUGGUGACGUGAAACUGCUGACGGACUCGUGAUGAGAGAGAAACCGUUUCACAUGAAACACAGUAGAAUGGAUCUAUUUUAAAAACACUGAUUCUUUUGUAAAAUAUCAGGGCCAAACUUUUUUGUACAUAAAGGUACUAUAACAGAUUUUACUUCAACACCACUGGUACUAACAAGUAAUCCUCAAAAUAUUAUUCAGCGGUAAAUCGACUGUUGAUCUAACGAAAUGAACUCAGCAGAUUGUUCUCAUCAUUCCAUUGAUUAUUGGUAAAGAGGAAAUCUACAGAGUAAAAGAUUAAUUAUGUUGUGAGAACGAGCUCGUGUAGAUACAGCAAGGGAUUCUUAAUAUUGAGAAUCUCGUCUCUGUAGAGGAGCAACAAUGUCCUGACAAAAUAUAUAUGAUACAUAUACUACAUGACAAACAACAUCCUCUUCCGAUCAGAGGAUUUAAAUCAUUCUUGCUCUCUGGGUUUAUGUUGAGUGAGAUUUACCUUUGAUAAAGGUAAUUGAGCGGCGCGGUGGAGCAGCGGUUCACACUGUCGCACAGCAAGACGUUUCCCAGUUACUCGUUCUCCUGGAGUUUUUCUGCGUGGGUUUUCUCCGGUUUCCUCCCACAGGCCGGACACAUGCAGAGUGAGGUCAGAUUAACUGAGGACUCAAUCGUCCGCAGCUGUGAUCAAUCUCACCCGACGUCAGCCGGGGGCGAAGCGACCUCGUGCAGAUGAUGGAUCGUGCAAAAUAAAAACUCCCAUGUCAACCUGAGUGAAGGUUUUUUUCCAGGAUUACCAACCUGAGCUUUAACUUGAAAACUGUCUCCGUCAGUGUUUAGUUCAACUCUCCAGGAUUCCUUUUUUUUUUUAAAUGACCAAACGCAGCAGGGGCAUUAAGCUGCACUGCAUUCUG